AUGGUGGCGGCACAAGCCUCGCCCGCGCCCGGCACGCGCGACUUCUCCUUCUCCAUCGACCGCGGCGGCACCUUCACCGACGUCUACGCCGAGGUGCCGGACGGCCACGGCGGGAGGCGCGCGAUCGCGCUCAAGCUGCUGAGCGAGGACCCCGCGAACUACCCGGACGCGCCGCGCGAGGGCAUCCGGCGCGUGCUGGAGUCGGUCACGGGCGUGAAACACCCCCGCGACAAGCCGCUCGACACCUCCCGCAUCCGCUCCAUCCGCAUGGGAACCACGGUCGCUACGAACGCGCUGCUGGAGCGGAAGGGCGAGCGCGUGGCGCUACUGGUCACCAAGGGGCUGUCGGGGUUGCUGGAGAUUGGGAACCAGGCUCGUCCGCGCAUUUUCGACCUUGAGAUCGCGACUCCGGACCUCCUGUACGAGGAGGUAGUCGAGGUGGACGAGGAGGUCAUCAUCCCGCUCGGCGCCGAGCCCAGCGGGCGCGCGGGGCGGGACCCUGUUGCUGACCAGGCACACUACACCCCCGAGGGGACUCAAGUGGAAGGCGUCACGGGCGAGACGGUGUGCGUCCGGCGGCCGAUCGACCUCGCCGCGGUGCGUGCACAGCUCGAGGAGGUCCGUUCGCGCGGCAUCGACUCGCUGGCGGUGGUGUUCAAGCACAGCGCGCUGUACCCGGAGCACGAGCUCGCCGUGGGGCGCGUCGCGGAGGAGAUGGGGUUCUCGCAGGUGUCGCUGUCGUCGCAAGUCAUGCAGAUGGUGAAGAUGGUCCCGCGCGGGUUCACCGCGACGGCCGACGCGUACCUGACGCCGCACAUCGACCGGUACUUGGAGACGUUCCAGGCGGGCUUCGACGACGGGCUCCACGACGUGAACCUCAGCUUCAUGCAGUCUGACGGAGGAUUAGCGCCCCUGGGGGCGUUCUCGGGCCACAAGGCCGUGCUGUCGGGCCCCGCGGGCGGGUACGUCGGGUACGCGGUAACGACGAAGUGGGAGGGCGCGGACGUCGACGGCAUGCAGGUCAUCGGGUUUGACAUGGGUGGCACCUCAACGGACGUGUCGCGCUACGCAGGGACGUACGAGCACGUGUUCGAGUCGACGACGGCCGGCGUGACCAUCCAGGCGCCGCAGCUCGACAUCAACACCGUUGCCGCCGGGGGCGGCUCGCGCCUGAAGCUCAACGCCGGCGCGUUCGCCGUCGGACCUGACUCAGUGGGCGCCCACCCCGGGCCCGUGUGCUACCGCAAGGGCGGCGACCUCGCGGUCACCGACGCCAACCUCGUCCUCGGCCGCCUCCUCCCGGACCACUUCCCCGCGAUCUUCGGCCCGAACGAGGACGAGCCCCUCGACGCCGACGGCGCCCGGCGCGCCUUUGCCGACAUGGCCGAUCGCGUCAACGCGCACGCGCGCGAGACGGGCCUCCCCGCCAAGUCCGUCGACGAGGUGGCCGCGGGCUUCCUGCGCGUCGCCAACGAGGCCAUGUGCCGGCCCAUCCGCGCCCUGACGCAAAUGAAGGGGUACGAGGUGGAGAAACAUGUCCUGGCGUGCUUCGGGGGUGCGGGCGGGCAACACGCCUGUGCCAUCGCCAGGGCCCUGGGCAUGCGCACUGUCUUCGUCCACAAGUACUCGGGCAUCCUCUCCGCGGUCGGGAUCGGCCUGGCGGACGUCGUGAAGGAGGCACAGGAACCCGCGGCGACGGUGCUGACGGAAUCCGCACUCGGGGGGCUCUCUGCGCGGCUUGAGGAGCUCGCCGGGCGCGCGUGCGGGCAGCUGAGGGAGAUCGGGUUCCCAGACGAGAAGAUCCGGGUGGAAAAGUACUUGAAUCUUCGGUACGAUGGCACCGACGUUGCCGUGAUGGUCCAGGAGCCCGAAAACGGGUCGUUCCUCGACGCGUUCGAGGCGCAGUACCGUCGCGAGUUCGGGUUCACGCUGGAGAGCCGCAGCGUCAUCGUCGACGACCUCCGCGCGCGGGCUUGCGGCCAGGGCGUCGACCUGGACGUUGGGGCGGACGGGGCCGGCGGUGCUGCUGAGGCGGUGACGCCGGCGCCGGUGCACUCGCGCACGAGUGCCUACUUCGAGGAGACCGGCCGCGCCGACGUCGACGUGUACGUCCUCCAGGACAUGCUCCCCGGGCACGCCUUCGCGGGUCCGGCCAUCGUCAUCGACAACACGACGACCAUCGUGGUCGAGCCGCGCUGCAACGCCGUCGUGACGAACGACGGCAGCCUGCGCAUCGACGUCCUCCCGACGCGAAGCGCGACGGAGUCGGAGAAGGACCACGCCGCGGCCGCCGUCGGCGAGCCGGAUCCCAUCAUGCUGGCGGUCUUCAGCCACCGCUUCAUGGGCAUCGCGGAGCAGAUGGGCCGCACGCUGCAGCGGACGUCGGUGUCCGUCACGAUCAAGGAGCGGCUCGACUUCUCCUGCGCGCUGUUCGGGCCGGACGGCGCGCUGGUGGCCAACGCCCCGCACCUCCCCGUGCACCUCGGGGCCAUGUCCGAGGCCGUCCGCUUCCAGCUGAAGUACUACACCGAGGGCCCGGGCGCGCAGCCGGGCCCGGACGGCUCGCCGGGCGGCAUCGCGGAGGGCGACGUUCUCGUCGCCAACCACCCGCAGCUGGCGGGGGGCUCUCACCUGCCCGACAUCACCGUGAUCACGCCCGUCUUCGAGGAGGUCGCGCCGGGCCGCCGCGAGAUCGUGUUCUUCGUUGCGUCGCGCGGGCACCACGUGGACGUCGGCGGCAUCAGCCCCGGCUCCAUGCCCCCACACAGCACCAGCCUCGACCAGGAGGGCGCAGCGAUCACAACAUUCAAGCUCGUGCGCGGCGGGCAGUUCCAGGAAGAGGGCAUCCGCGAGCUGCUCACCGGCACGCGCUGCAUGGAGGACAACCUGUCGGACCUGCGCGCGCAGGUCGCAGCGAACGCGCGCGGCAUCACGCUCACGCAGGGCCUGGUCAGGGAGCACGGGCUCGGCGUCGUGCAGGCGUACAUGGGCCACAUUCAGGCGAACGCGGAGGCCGCGGUGCGCGAGAUGCUGCGCGAGUUCAGCGCGGAGAUGCAGCUCCCGGAGGUGGGCAGCGUCGAGGCGGAGGAUGUCAUGGACGACGGCAGCGUGAUCAAGCUGCGCGUGACGGUCGACCGCCGCGACGGAUCCGCGGUGCUCGACUUCACGGGGACGUCGCCGGAGGUCCUCGGGAACACCAACGCGCCGCCGGCGGUCACGUACUCGGCGGUGAUCUACUCGAUGCGGUGCCUGGUGACGCGCGACAUUCCGCUCAACCAGGGCUGCCUCGCGCCGAUCGAGAUCGUGAUUCCGGAGGGCACGAUCCUGAGCCCGUCGCCGGGCGCGGCCGUCGUCGGCGGCAACGUCCUGACGUCGCAGCGCGUCACGGACGUCGUCCUGAAGGCGUUCAAGGCGUGCGCGGCGUCGCAGGGGUGCAUGAAUAACUUUACUUUCGGAGACGAGCGCAUGGGGUACUACGAGACGAUCGCGGGCGGCGCGGGCGCGGGCCCCACGUGGCACGGGAAGAGCGCGGUCCAGACACACAUGACCAACACGCGGAUCACGGACCCGGAGAUCCUGGAGCGCAGGUACCCGGUCGUGCUGAAGCGGUUCGAGAUCCGGAAGGGGUCCGGGGGCCGCGGGCUGCACCGCGGCGGCGACGGCGCGGUGCGCGAGGUGGAGUUUCUGCGACCCAUGACGGCAUCGAUCCUCAGCGAGCGGCGCGCGCACCGGCCGUUCGGGCUGCUCGGCGGGGGGCCGGGCGCGCCGGGGCUGAACGUGCUGUCGCAGCGCGGCGGGCGCACGUGCAACGUCGGCGGGAAGGCGUCGGUGCAGGUGAAGGGGGGGGAUGUGUUGACGAUCCACACCCCGGGGGGAGGCGGGUACGGGGCGGGGGGGGCCGAGGGCGAGGGCCACUUCCCCGGAGAGCAGAGGACGGGGUACUUCGCGACGGCACGGAAGGAGGCGCGCGAGGAGGACACGUCGCGGGUGCAGCAGAUGCAGGGGGGGAGUCUCGGCGGACGCGGCAUGACAGAACGCACCGUGUGA